AUGGAGCCGUCUCUUCGGAACACGCGCGAACUCUCUUGUAUGCUGGGCCAAACCCGAACAGUCAACAUCACAAGACUGACAAUGAACCACACAGCCCGGAUCGACAAAAUGCAAUCCGAACUCCUCAGACGUUUCCAAGCCCUAGUAGAUCUCACAGCGUCGGUGAAGAAGAAAGACCGGAGCGCGACGGCCGUCGUGCAAUAUCAGAUCCAGUCGGAGACGAAAGCUCUGGUGAGUUGGGCCCGCAAUCCAUCCCAUAGAGCCCGUGAUGGAUGCAUCAUUCUGUGCUGAUUUUGCUGAUUGUUGUAGAUCAAGUCUGUAGAGGAUGUGCAGAGUUUGAUCCGGCAGUUACAGGAAAUGUGGCUCUUUGGGCAGCUGGAUACGCUGGGGGAGUCGCAGGUGCAGAAGGCAACGGAGGAGAAUGCGAGGGUUGUUGCGCUGUUGUUGGGGCAGUUGGCGGAGAAGGGGUUUGGUGUUGGUGUCGAUGGUGUUGGUGUCGAUGGUGGUGGGGUGGAGGAUGGGCGGAUGGAGUGAGUGGGUGGGUGGGUGGGUGGGUGAUUUGCGACGGCCUAUACUUCGAAUGGCGAAGGUUCAUGGCAUACACGGUCUUUCUGUAUGUCCCCGGCGCGAAUCUGGAACUCCGGGAGGCGGAUGGCGCGGAAUUCGCGUUGCAGUGA